AUACCAUGACAUCUAUAAGUAGCACCCAGAUCGAGCAACCCAGAAAAUGCAAAGCACUUCUUCUUCUCCCUCGCUCCCUAGCUUACACAAGCAAUAAUCAAUCGAUCUCUUCAUAUAUAUAAAUAUAUAUAUAGAUAUAGAUAGAUAGAUAGAUAGAUAGAUAGAUAGAGCUUGUGCUCUUCUAGUAAUUUCUGAUCAUCAUCAUCUUAGACUAUCUCUCUAGUGGAGAAGAGGUUGAUCGAUCGAUCGAUCGAUCGAUCAGCUGCAUAUAUAUAAAGAUAGAUAGGAAUUAGGAAGGAGGAGGAGUGAGUGAAUUAAUUAAGGAAGGAUCGAGUAAGGAUGCAGGGCCUCGAGAACAUCCUGGACUCAAGGAAGAACUUCGAGAACAUGCUGGACUCGAUCAUCGGCCGCGUGAAGGGCACGGUGCCGGUGAAGGGCACGGUGGUGCUGAUGCGCAAGAACGUCCUCGACUUCAACGACUUCGGCGCGUCCGUCAUCGACAACGUCAGCGAGCUCCUCGGCCAGAAGGUCUCCCUCCAGCUCGUCAGUGCCACCGUCGGCGACCCCAAUAACGGGAAUCGGGGAGUGGUGGGGCAGGCGGCGUAUUUGGAGAACUACAUCAGCUUGUUGCCGUCGCUGGCGGCAGGGGAGUCGAAGUACAACGUGACGUUCCAGUGGGAUGCGAAGACCGGAAUACCCGGGGCGGUGAUCGUGAAGAACCAUCACACCUCCCAGUUCUACCUCAAGACGCUCACCAUCGAUGAUUUCCCGGGCAAGGGCCGGAUAGUUUUCGUCUGCAACUCCUGGGUCUACCCGGCCGACAAGUACAGCUACGACCGCGUCUUCUUCGCCAAUAACGUAAGUAUAUAGCCGGUUUAAUAUAUAUUUUCUUCUUCUUAAUUUGCUUGAAAUUACACACAAGUUUAGAUUUAGUCAAUAAAUUGUUGAUAAU